AUGGCUUUGGAUCGCCCUCUUCAGCCAAUGGACGAUUUCGUUUACUGGAAGUUUUCUAAGAAUGGAUCUUUCACUACUAAGUCUUCUUACGCAAUGUUGCUAAGUCAUUCGGUGUCUUCCAGGAUCUCGGGUACAAUUCCGGCCUCUUGGUGGAAGCACUUCUGGGGGUUGCCUCUACUGCCAAAACUCCAGUGUUUUUGUUGGAAAUUGCUUCACAAUGCUCUGCCUCUCUCUGGGACUCUGCAGCUCCGAGGGAUUCCGAUUGAUCCUACUUGCGUGUUUUGUUACCAAGAACGUGAAACAACAGACCACCUAUUUCGUGAUUGUUCAAUCACUUCUCAUCUCUGGGCCAGUGCUCCGAUUGCCUUUUCAUCUCCACUUUUGCAUGAAAAGCCUUUUACUGACUGGUUUGUUGAUACGAUCUCUGAGCUUCGUUCCUUUCAAAAUUGGGAUGGUUUGGUCUCCUUUGUAUCCUUUUGUUGGGCAGUUUGGAUUGCACGUAACCACAAAAUUUUUAGACAAGCAGUAUUGUCUCCUGGCGUGAUUUUCCAUUUGAUGCAGGACUGGAUCUCUAGGAGUGUUUUAGCGCAAGGGUUCAGGUCCCUUGUUCGCUCGUUAAGGAAUUCAUCUCUCACUAGUUCGGUAGCUUCUAAUUCAUGUUAUAUACAGGGUGAUUUUUCCUCUACCUUUGAUGUUUGCCUUCUUUUUGAUGGGGCCUGGAAUGCUCAGAAUCUUAGUGCAGGAGCAGGUUGGAUUUUUAGGGAAGUGUUUUCAGAUUCCGCGUUGGGAGGUGGCUCGAGAGCCUGUCACUCCUCUUCGGCCCUUCAGUCUGAGUUACAGGCAUGUUUGUGGGCUCUUCGGGCUGCCGGUCGUCGGGGCUUUCGUCGUCUUCUUAUCUACUUUGAUUGUUCGAAUCUUUUUUCUCUUCUGCGAGAUGGUGGUAACGGAGAUAUUUUUUGCCACUGGUUGCUUUACGAGAUUCGGCUUUAUGUCUUGCAGUUCUCUAUCUGCAAACUUCGCAAGGUUCCUCGUCAGUGGGUUGCCCCUGCUCACUGGUUGGCUACUCAGGCUCGUCGUCGACAAUUACUUAGUUGGACCUUCUAG